AUGAGCGAAGGGCCGAAGAAUGCCAUCCUAUUCAAGGGGGCUGAUGUCGUUAGCAUGGACAAGAACAUCGGGGUGUGCAAGAAUUGCGAUGUACUAGUCCAGGACGCUACUAUCGUGAAAGUCGAACCGAAUAUUGAAGCACCGGAAGCUGAAGUCAUCGACGCUCGCCAUUGUAUUAUAUCUCCUGGCUUCGUCGAUGGACAUCACCAUAUGUGGCAGCAAUUACUGAGGUCAAUUGCUACUGAUUGGUCCCUGGCCGAUUACCUGGUUGUUAUUCGCCGAUGCUAUGGGAGCUUGUUCACUGCGGAGGAUGUUUAUGCAGCGAAUCAUGUCGCUGCACUGGACUUGAUCCAUAAUGGAGUGACCACCGUCGUCGAUCACUGCCAUAUCUUGAACUCCCCUGCUCAUACUGAUGCCGCAAUCAAAGCGCUGAAAGACUCUCUGAUCCGCGGAGUAUUUUGCUAUGGCUUCUACGAGAAUCCACAGCUGCCAAGCGAGCACAGCAAGUUCGACGCGACCAGCUCCGAAUUUCGGGCAGCAGCGAAGACUGAAGACGCUAGGCGGGCACGCAAACAACAUUGGAAGACAAAUUCGUGGGAGACAGAUUUGCUCACCUUUGGUCUAGCCCCAGCCGAGGCCGAGACAAUGGGCAUCGACAACCUUCGAGAGCAGAUUGCACUAGGGCGCGAGCUUGGAUCCACGAUUAUCACCGCCCAUGUUUCGUUGGGACAAUACGACCCUGGUCAACAGAUUGUACGACAGCUAGGUGAAUCGAAGACUUUGGGAAAAGACCUCCUUUUCUCUCAUGGCUCGUCCUUCACAACGGAAGAGUGCGAGUAUUUGGCCGCCGCCAAGGCAGGUGUUGUAUCAACACCCGAAACCGAGCUACAAAUGGGAAUGGGACGCCCGGUGGCUUUCAGAGCGGAGGGACAUGGUUGCCAUGUUGGGCUAGGGAUCGACAUAACUUCCAACAACGCAAAUGACAUGUUCAACCAAAUGCGUUUACUGCUUCAAGCGGAGCGCGCUCGCAACAACGAAGAACUGGGUGCCGUCCCCGUCAGAAUCAAACGCAGGUCUCUCGAAGCUCUUCGUAUGGGCACACUGGGUGGAGCAGAAGCGCUCGGCAUUGGUCAUCUUGUGGGAAGCAUCACACCCGGCAAGAGAGCGGAUUUGAUUAUGGUGCGCUGUGAUGAUAUCAACGUCGUCCCUGCCGUUGAUCCCGUGGGAGUACUGAUGUUCAAUGCCAAUGCCUCAAAUAUUGAUCUCACCAUGAUCAAUGGGAAAAUAUUGAAGAAGAACGGAAAGUUGGUGCACGCAGAUUGGCACAAGUUAAGGGAAGAUGUCCGGGCUCGUACGCAGAGAUUGGUCGAUGCUGCUGGAAUUAUCCUGGGUGACGAUGCUGCGGGCGAGGAGUCAACUCUUGCCGAGUUUUCAAAGAUGAUGUCUGCAGCCUAA